UUUAAUUAUAUUAGGAGGACGGCCCUAUUCUCUGCCCAAUAAAAAUGGACCAGGGCUGACACCUGGUUAUAAACACAGGAAGGAUUCCAAAGUUGAAAUCACAAAUCAGCAGAAAAACCCCUCAAUUCUUCAAGAGACGCAAUGACCUCCAGUAAAGUUGAGCUGCCAGGAGAGGUGAAGAGCGACCCGGCUGCGCUCAUGGCAUCUCUUCAUCUGAUGCCCUCACCGGUACCCAAUCCUGAGAUCAAGUACACCAAGAUUUUUGUUAAUAACGAAUGGCAUGAUUCUGUGAGCGGUAAGGUCUUUCCCACAUACAACCCAGCUACAGGGGAGAAGAUCUGUGAUGUACAGGAGGCAGAUAAGGCUGAUGUGGAGAAAGCUGUACAGGCAGCACGUUCGGCCUUCUCUCUGGGUUCAGUAUGGAGGAGGAUGGAUGCAUCUGAACGUGGGAAGCUGUUGUUCAAACUGGCUGAUUUGGUGGAAAGAGACAGAGCCUACCUUGCUACCCUGGAGUCUCUGGACAGCGGGAAACCUUUUCUUCCCACCUUCUUUGUGGACCUUCAGGGAACCAUUAAGACUCUGCGAUAUUUUGCUGGAUGGGCAGACAAGAUCCACGGUUCCACGAUUCCGACUGAUGGAGAAUAUUUCACCCUCACAAAGCAUGAGCCCAUUGGAGUGUGUGGACAGAUCAUUCCUUGGAACUUCCCGCUGGUGAUGACAGCAUGGAAACUAGGGCCAGCACUGUGCUGCGGAAACACCAUUGUCAUGAAACCUGCUGAGCAGACCCCUCUCACCUGCCUCUAUAUUGGUGCUCUGAUUAAAGAGGCUGGGUUUCCACCAGGAGUCGUCAAUAUUUUGCCAGGCUAUGGGCCAACUGUGGGAGCCGCGAUCGCAUCACACAUGGGCAUAGACAAAGUGGCGUUCACAGGAUCGACUGAGGUAGGCAAGCUGAUCCAAGAAGCAGCAGGAAAGAGCAAUCUGAAGAGAGUCACACUAGAGCUCGGGGGAAAGAGUCCCAACAUAAUUUUUGCAGAUGCCGAUUUGGAUCUGGCAGUGGAGCAGGCCCAUCAGGGUGUUUUCUUUAAUAGUGGUCAGUGCUGCACGGCUGGCUCCCGUAUCUUUGUGGAGGAGCCCAUUUAUGAUGAGUUUGUGUGCAGGAGUGUCAAGAGAGCUCAGAGAAAGACAGUGGGAAACCCCUUUGACCCAAUCACUGAGCAGGGACCUCAGAUCAGUGCAGAGCAGCAGAGUCAUGUGCUGGAGCUGAUACAGAGUGGCAUUACUGAGGGUGCUAAACUGGAGUGUGGCGGCAAAGUUCUGUCCUCUAAAGGAUUCUAUAUAGAGCCCACAGUCUUCUCCAAUGUACAGGACCACAUGCGCAUUGCCAAGGAGGAGAUAUUUGGGCCAGUACAGCAGAUUAUGAAGUUUAAGACAAUUGAAGAAGUGAUUGAGAGAGCCAACAACACAGAAUACGGUCUGGUAGCGGCUGUCUUCACCAAAGACCUAAACAAGGCCAUGACUGUCUCUGCAGCUGUGCAGGCUGGCACCAUUUGGAUUAACUGUUAUAAUGCCAUGAGCUGCCAGUGUCCCUUUGGAGGAUUCAAAAUGUCUGGGAAUGGUCGUGAACUGGGCGAGUAUGGACUGAGAGAGUAUACAGAGGUGAAAACCAUUACGAUGAAGAUGUCUGGGAAGAACUCUUAAAGCACAAACCUGUGUGUUCCUAGCAGAGUGAAGUCUUCUUCUGAGGUUAACCACUAGCCAUCAUAGUGGUAAAACAGUACACACAAUAACCACCCAUCACUUCUGCAUGGGAGCAUCUCUUCUGCUGCAUCCUCAUGGGCUGUUAUCAUGGACUACCCAAUCAUCUCCGUUAGCUCAGUAUCCAGUGUCUACUAGCAGUGUCCAUGUCCAACGCCGCCAUUAACUGCCUACACCCAUUCCAGUCAUGACCCCCUUUCGCCAACUCCACUAACCAUACUAAAGCACUCGGAGUCACGGUGAAGGAGGGCUACACUUUUGACCACUGAACUAGCAACGUGCAGACACUAACAGACUGCGACUGCUCUGAUGACUCGACUUUAUCUCCUGCAUGACGUGUUUUCACAAAGCACAUUGCUAGAGGAGUACUGGUGAGCACUCAAACCUCAUCAUAAACUUACCUUUCCACUGGGUAGAGUUCUAGUAGCCAUAAUAGUUUUUACUAAGACCACUGAAGCUCUCUAUCUCAGAAAAAAGAAACAGAUAUUUGUCUUUGAAUGAGACAAAUUCUAAAUGUAUGUAAUUGCUUUGUGUUUUAUUCUUUUCAUUAUUUGAAUGUUUUAACAAUGUAUAACUUUGUCAAUGUCUUGACCAAUGUAAACAAAAAUUAUUUACCUCAAAAAUAUGUGGUUCUUUUUCGACAAAUGAUUCCUCAUUGGUGCCCAUUUAUUGUCAGGUUUAAAGAGUUUUUAUGUACUAUGAAUAUAGAAGUUAAGCUAUAGAAUGAGUUCUGCAUUAAAAUGUUUUAAUCAAAGUACUUUCUUGAAUGGAGUUUUCAAAAAAUCUAAAACAGUGUUCAUUAUGAAUGUUUAAUCAAGUUCCAAUUGUUACGGAAUUAUGUCUUUUAACAAAAAACAAAACAAAAAUGUAUUAGUACAAAAUAAAUGUAUCCACUAAGUAAGACUUCUACCAGAAAUAAUUUUUGAGCUUGCAUUUUGCUAAAUUAAUUUAGAUUCACAGUUGUCUCUGUUACAGAGCAGUGGGUCACAGAUUUCAGAUGACUAUGAUUAU